AUGGAAUCGCUCACCUGGGUUUUCCCCUCGUUGCUGCUGCUCUGCGCCCAGCAGCACACCUGGACCAGAGCCCUGAAUGACAUUGGAGAUUAUAUCGGGUCAAACAUAGAAAUAUCUUGGUUGCCCAACUUGGAUGACUUGAUGAAAGGAUACGCCCGGAAUUUUAGGCCAGGAGUUGGAGGGCCUCCUGUUAAUGUCGCUUUGGCUAUUGAAGUGGCUAGCAUCGACCACAUCUCAGAAGUCAACAUGGAAUAUACAAUGACUGUCUUUCUGCAUCAAAGCUGGCGGGAUGACCGGCUGUCGUACAACCGGACCAAUGAAACUCUGGGUUUGGAUAGCCGUUUUGUGGACAAACUCUGGCUGCCAGAUACAUUUAUAGUCAAUGCUAAGUCAGCCUGGUUUCAUGAUGUGACAGUGGAGAAUAAGCUCAUCAGGUUGCAGCCGGAUGGAGUCAUUCUUUACAGUAUCAGGGUUACUUCUACAGUGGCCUGUGACAUGGACCUGACCAAGUAUCCAAUGGAUGAGCAGGAAUGCAUGCUGGACUUGGAGAGCUAUGGUUACUCCUCCGAGGACAUUGUCUACCACUGGUCUGAGAAUCAAGAGCAAAUUCACGGCUUGGACAAGCUGCAGCUGGCUCAGUUCACCAUCAUCAAUUAUCGAUUCGCUACUGAACUCAUGAACUUCAAAUCUGGUAAAUGAAGCAAUUGGCUGUUUAAUGCUGGCCAGUUCCCCCGCCUGAGUCUCCAUUUCCACCUGCGGCGGAACCGAGGUGUCUACAUCAUACAGUCCUACGUGCCUUCGAUCCUCUUGGUGGCCAUGUCAUGGGUUUCCUUCUGGAUCAGCCAGUCAGCUGUGCCUGCCCGGGUCUCUCUAGGCAUAACCACAGUCCUUACCAUGACCACCCUGAUGGUGAGCGCUCGUUCUUCCCUUCCCAGGGCUUCGGCCAUAAAAGCUUUGGAUGUCUACUUCUGGAUCUGUUAUGUCUUUGUCUUUGCUGCGCUGGUGGAAUACGCCUUUGCCCAUUUCAAUGCUGACUAUAUGAAGAAACAAAAAGACAAGCUGAAGACCCACAGACAGGCAGAAGAGGUCAAUGUGAAAAACGCUAUAGUUAUGUUCUCCCUUUCGAUAGCUGGAGUCAACCAGGAGCUCGCUGUGUCCAGUAGGCACCGCCGAGCCCCCCCCAACCUGCCUGGCUUGUUUGGCUCAGCUGAAGUAGAAGCAGGGGAGACCAAGAAGCAACAGGGGGUGGAAUCCAAGCCGAAAAAUGGCCUCAAGUCUCUCUUCAAACCUAUUGAUGCCGAUACCAUCGACAUCUAUGCAAGGGCAGUUUUCCCAGCUGCCUUUGCGGCAGUCAACGUCAUCUACUGGGUGGCCUACACAAUGUGA